AUGGAUGAGUAUCCAGCACUCCAUCAACUAAACAUUUCACCCUCAAUACCGGCAUUUUUUAAGCCAAGCACCUGCAACACUCAGAGAAAAAUGAAUGCCCUCGUUAUAGGACUUACUGGUGUGCUUUCUUUUGCUCCCUUCUUGGGAGACUUGUUUGCCGCUUCUCGGAAAGAUGUCGCCGUUGUCAGGGUUACUCUUGGGGAGUUUGAUCUUUUCAAAGAAGGAGUGAAAACUGAUACCAUCGGUGGUGAUAUGCCAAAUGUUGCCCUUUUUGAUUCCAACGGUCAACGUAUUGGAUUUAAGAACGGAGAGAAGCAUGGAAAGGUUAAAAGCGGCCAGGGAUAUGAUAUUACAGUCGAGCCUUUCGAGUCUGACAACAGAAAGGAUCCGGAGUAUGUCACCAUAUCAGCUUCAAGCAGUGAUGCCAUUUGUAUUGCAGCGGUUACCGUCACCGGUGCAGACCAGGGUAAAAAUAUGGACAAGACCUGGGCCUGGAAUGGUGGAUUUGGAUUCUUGUGCGGCAACCUGGCUUGGUAUCCGUCUAAAAAGUUGACAACUGCAUCAGAACGGUCUCCAUGCAUUUGGAUCAGCAAUGACGGCCGCUUUCCAAUGGGAUUUUCGAUACACAUACCGGACUUUUCUCAUGAAGAGCUGCUGCCUCAAUUCAAGGACAAGAAAGAAACCGUAUGCGAUAGUAAACCACGGCAGCAUUUCUAUAAGGACAUUAAUGAACUGCAGUGCCCCCCAGUCUUUAAAGAAUUCCCCAAGUUUGACGAGGAUACCGGAUAUGAAAAUAUCACUCAAGUAUUGGUUGAUGGAGUGACAACAUGCAAGCCGGAAAUCGGGGAGAAUGUCAGCGACGAAGAUUUGUCACGGUUGAGAAAAGCAAUCAAGAAUCAUCCAAGAAUAGGUGGCGAAUCGUGGACUUAUGGGGUGAAGAGAAAUCAGGUCUUCAAGAGGAAGGACUGGAAACCUUUGGGGUGCGAUAUGAAGAAUGCAGUGGUUGUUUCUAAAGGCUACACAGCACGGGCUAUUUGCGAACACCCUACCUCCGCAGGCCCCGACUAUGGAAACAGGGAAGAAGGGCUGUUUUGUGACAUGUGUACGAAGAAACUGUGGCCCUUUUGCUCGGUGAAAGUAACAGCAAACUGCUUUGACGAGACGCAGCGUGUUCUUCGUGGGGAUCAUCCAGGAUUCAAGCGAGGUAUCAAUGAGACUUCUGUGCAUAAGAGCUAUCAAGAUAUCCAGGUUUGGGAUGAUUGA